AUGGCUAGCCCCGCUUUAACAACAACUCAACUCAUCCAGAUACUAGGAGGGGUAGCGACAGCGUCCAAGGCUCCAGUAGACAUUGUUGAGCAAACUAAGCAAUGGUUCCAUCAAAUUGCAUCCAGAGAUGAUUUAUCUCGCAAUUGUACUCAAGAGGCAGAGAAGACUUUCCCUUUCGAUGUAGAAUCAUGGUUCUGGGCUCUCUCUCAAUGGCCCCCUGGUUAUGGCGAUGGAGCGUCCGCCCUAGCUAGCCUAACAAUUGCAGUCACGACUCUACGAGAGCAUUCUCGCCGCAAUUUCAUUGUCAGCAAAACUAAAUUAACUCGUCUUUGGGAAACAAUCUUGGAGGCCCUAAACUGCCCAGUCCUACAAGACACCUGGGUUCCUUCGCGGAGCGCCCAGGGAUUUCUCGCCGUACCCAUCUGUAGUAUCACUCAAGACGGAGAGAUUGACGAACUCAUCAGGCUUCAUGUCUGGCUUCCAGAUGGAAACCGAGGGAAUCCUGACUUUUCCAUUCAUUCUCACCAGCCAUUUGCCCAGAGCUGGAUCCUAGCCGGAGAGGGCACAGAUCACCAGUAUGAAGCCUAUCGAGUCGCACAGACUGCAGAUGCCACGCACAUGGAGUUCGGCUUAUCCUGGAAUGCCGGGAAUGGCCUGAGCAGAUCAUAUUCGACGCACCAACAUUCUUCUGUUGUCGCACCGACUGGAAAGUUAGUCCGAACUAGGGAAGUCGACAGAAACAUUCAUCGACGAAAUGACAGUUACACCAUUCCUGCUGGGGUAUUUCACAGCUCUCAGGUGUUGCCCGAUUUACUGCAUGCGACCCUCUUCUAUUUUGACUCUUCGCGAGGUUUUGUCCGAGAUGCACCUAUACUGGGACCAAUCAAAGGAGACGCCUUUACUCAGAUCCGAGAUCCUGCCGGCGAGACGCCCAAGUCUCUAGCAAGUUAUGUUCAACUUAUUCGCUCGUGGGAAACCCACAUGGAGGAAGGUCGAGAGUAUGCUCGAAAAGCUGAAUGGGAGCGCUCUCUGCGAGCAUUCACCAGCGGUCUGAGCUUGUGUGAAUCUCCUCAAGUCUUCAGGAAUGUCAAACGAUACCGUGGCCUUGUGUUUGGUGAACUUGGAAACACGAAUAGACGGUUUGGUCGGUAUGAAGUCUCUGAGGGUCUCCUCAAACAGGCAUGCCUUGAGCUACAAGGCUCCCCCGAAUAUGCAACGUUCAAUGGUGAGCUUGGUGUGGUAUAUCGGCAUAUGAAUCGACUGGAAGAGGCAAAGGACGCCUUUCAGUUACAAUACGAAACAGCAAAGGAACUUCAACUUGAAUCUGAAGCUUGCCGCGCCAUCGGCAAUCUCGGAAUGGUGAACUACCAGCUAGCUGAGCAGUCCCGUGAUGAUGACCUCCUAAAUCUAGCGAUAGACCAGCUACAGGAACGUGUUGACCGGUGCGAUCGCAUGAGGAAUACCGUCGGCGCCGCGGAUCGGGAGUCUGUUUUACCUGAACGGAAGCUGAGCCAAAUAGAAGUCUGGGCAGCCGUAGGCUUGGCCCGUCUAUCACUCUGUUGGACUGCACAGAAGAAUGAAGGGGAGGCGCUCAAGGCUGCAGAGAGCGCCUUGGAGCAUGCGAAGAACACCGGAGACCCGACGGUGGUGGCAAUCUCACGAUUCUUCUAUGGCCGAGCAUUUGCAAUGAAUGGUCAGCAUGAACAAGCACUUGAGCAGUUUAAUGCACAAGAUGGGUGCACGCCUGCGAUUGCAUUUUGUAAAGAGCCUUCAGGGGAACAUAAUGAGUACCUGAGGUGUUUGGUUGAUGCAGGAGCGGAUAUGGACCUUCUCGACGACCAGGGAUACAGGGCCUUGGAUUACGCUGUUUUUAACGGUGACGAGACUAGUCAAAGGCUUGUUCUGGAAGGGCUACGACAUCAAUUCAGCUCCGAGCCUGACGUGAAUUUUAUGCUAGAACAGAGGCAAAGGGAAGCCAAACUGAGAAAAGGGUAUCGGGAACUGUUCCAAGAGAAGCUAAGGCUGGUUCUCCUCACAGGUGGCCAGGAUUGCAUCAAGAAGCUUCAAAUUGCUUAUUCAGAAGCCUUAGCAGCAGACAAAGAGAAGGAUAGCAUGUUCGAUCAUUUCAAGGUCAUAUCCUACGCAGAGCUGCUACGUUUUGGAAGAGUGCCUCGAUAUAGUGACGGGCUGACCCGGAGGUUCGCCAUUAGCAACGAGGCAGAGAAGAAACAUUUUGUUAUUUUCUUCUCCUACAGGUGGCUCAAUCCAAUGAAAGGCCAGGAUGGUGGAACUCCUGACGAUGGAAAUCACACCCAGUAUGCCAGAAUGAUGCAGGCUAUUGAGAAUUUCUUGGAGGAACACAAAGAUGUCGAUUCCAAAUGUCUUCAAAUCUGGAUAGUAAGUCCUCUAUGA